ACGAACCAUUUCGGCAAUUGAAAGCUUUUAAUAACGCUUAAUUAUGGACCCAGCAGAAUUGAAAUCUUUUGAGGGUUUCUUGGCGCCAGCAUUCACAUGCUUUGAAACUAAUGAAGAGAAAACCUUAAAUUUGGCACAUAUUGACGACUAUGCGGAGUGGCUACAAAGGAAUGGAGCCGUAGGCGUUUUAGUCAAUAGCAUUACCGGUGAAGGUCCCGUUUUGGGAAAAGUCGAACGUCAAUUGAAUGCGGAAGCUUGGAGCAACGCUUGUAAAAAGUACGAACUAAAAAUGCUGAUACAAAUUGGCGGCGCACCAAUGCCCGAUGUGCUGGAUCUGGCAAGGCAUGCGAGUAAUUUGAAUAUAAAUGGUGUAGUCUGCAUACCAGAGCUCUUCUAUAAGCCAAGCGAUGUCAAGCAAUUGGUGGGCUAUUGUAAAAUCGUCGCCAAGAAUUGUGGGCGGCAUCCAUUCUUUUACUACCACUUGCCACACUACACAGAUGUGUUUCUUGACAUGCCAGAGUUUUGUGAACUUGCGGAACGGACCAUACCAAACUUCGCGGGCAUCGAAUAUUCCAAUAGUGAUCUAGCCAUGGCGGCGAAAUGUUUGGCUCCAAAUCGCAUCAUCAUACUUAGCGAUUCGCGCAUGCUCUCCAGCGGUCUGCUGCUCGGUUUCAAAACAUUCUGCAUGGCCGCAUUCAAUAUGGUGCCGGAUACCAUGUGUGAUAUUUACGAUUACAUGAAAACUGGCAGAAUUAAUUUAGCAAAGAGAGAGCAAAAACUUUUAAAUAGUUCCAUACGGGAACAUAUGACGCGGCAAAAGAAGGGUAACUGGGUAAAGGCCAUGAAACAUUGGUUUAACGAGGAGUUGAAGAAGCCACAGAAUGAGACACCAUUUACAGCAGGUCACACGCGUAAACUCCACUAG